AUGACUCUGUCCUUCACUGACAUCUUCCGCGGCAGAUCCAGAAGGGUUGCAAAGGAUCUCGAGCCACACACACGCUCCCGCCAGACCAGCGCUUCGUCCCGCGACCGGGCCAAUCUGCCGCCUACAGAAAACUCCACCAGGCCGCCAUCCUCCUGCAGCAUCGUCCCACCUGUCUUCGAGACGGGCAAGAUUGGCUUAUUCAUCACCCAUCCAGCAGAUCACUCGGGUAGCAUCGAGGCUCAAGCAGAUGCCGACAUCGUCGCUGUCCACGGGCUCGGGGGGUCCAUCAACAGAACAUGGGGUGAGACCCGCAGCUCUCUGGAGCGCCUUCUUCCCAGCUCCUUGCCCAGUUCGCGGCUCUUAUCAUAUGGCUAUGACUCUGCUUUAGCCUUUUCCAAGCCUUCGUCGGGGCUGGACAAUUGCGCCAGUGACCUCCUUUUGCGCCUGAGGGCCAUAAGAAAACGCACACAGGCAGGAAAAAGGCCACUAAUUUUCAUCACACACGACCUGGGCGGUGUCAUUGUAAAGAAGGCACUUAUCCUGGCCGAGGAUGAUCCUCAGAAGUACUGGAACAUAACCAAAUACGUCAAGGGUAUCGUUUUCAUAGGCACGCCGCACCGUGACUCUGUGGAAGAGCCGUUGGCAAACAUACUCCAGCAUUUGGUUAGCCAGGCUAGGCUCAGACAAGGGAUGAGAGACUCCAUAGUUCGCAAUCUAAAUCAGAAUAUCGAGCUCAUUUCAGAUACAUCUCGUCGAUUUCUCCCUCUGACCCCUUGUCUGAGCAUUGUCAGCUUUUACCAAGAGCACGCCGAGGCGUCUGUAAUGGUGCCCAAGUUUGCCGCGACGCUCGGUAUAAUCGAUGAGAAAACCCAUUCAAGGCACUCGGAACGCCAUGAUGAGAUGUGCCAUUUCAGCUCUAGCCAGAGUCCGGAAUACCUGCAUCUCACCGACUCGGUCAAACAUAUCAUCAUAGAAGAGGAAGCUAGCCAUGACUCAGGACUACUGGGCUUGGACCUUCUUCCAACGAGGCAUAAUUCUCUUCGCCGCCGCGGGUCGCGACUUAUGAACCGGCUCAGCAAGAAAUUCUCCGAGUCCACUCUGAAAAUCUCAGCAGAAAAUCCCGGGCGCUUCCUUCACUUUUACCGAGACGGGGAGAGUUCACGUCCUCCUUCAGCUGCGGUGUCUACAAGGAGCGCUGCGAAUCCUGAAAUUACAGUGAGAUUCAACGGCCUGCGCAGGCUGUCUAUGGAUACCGAAUCAGAUGAGACAUUCACUGAGGUACUGCAACUCCCCAAAACCACCUUAAUCAAGGAUCUCGGAGGUAUACUCCGCGGUAGGAUUCCAGAUAUUGACCUCACGGGAGGAUGUCGAGAUAUCAAGAGAUAUAAGCACAUCGACCCUGCACAGGUCGACUCCGAAUGGGCCAGAUUCGAAGCCUUCGGGCACGAGGUCAAAGUCACUUGGCUUGACGUGUUUACAACACCCGUCAUGGUCACCGAAGGAAGCUCCUGCUACGACAAAUCCCGGGGGCUCAAGAUCAACCAUCGCCAGACAAUCAGCUCUUAUCUCAGCCAGCUAUACCCGAGCCCCGUUGAAGCCAGAAUAGACGCCGUCCACGCCGAUGGGACCAGACAGCCAUUUACACUCGGCACUCCCAGCAGUGCGGUCGUCGCCGGACAAAACGGUACUCCCGACCUGCGGAUUUCUCUUCGCAGGAAAAUCGGCAACGGCGAACGUGAGAGGCUUACGGACCUCCCUUUUGGUCUUCAGAGAUUCCCCAUUGUCGACGUAAAGCCCUUCCGUGACCGCCUUCCAGCCUCCGUGGUCGCACAAGGCGGCGUCUUCGUCCCAGUCAAUUCCGAAAUCGAGACGGUGAAGUUGGGGUUCCAAUGCAACGCAUCCAAGAGGUUCCUGAUCCGAUUUCUCGCCAAAGGCGAAGGCGCGGUGGCAGGCGAGCUGGCCGUGAGUGAUCAAGGCCUCGACGUCGUUAGCUGGAACAAGAACAUAGCCCACGAUAGGAGCACACUGAUUCCAGACCCAGAUUGGUUCGGUACCGAACAAGCGGUGCCGGAAAUCACUUACUCCUCUUUCAAUGACGAGAGGGACUCCGGGUUUUCAUCUCAGGACUCCGAGGAGGACAGCAUAUCGCAAGACAAAGUCGAGCAACAAAAGCCCAACCAAGUCCACCUGCAAAUCAUCCCCAAGCUGGAUGUUGGGUAUCACUACGCAUGCACAACCAGAAACAUUGCCAAGCAAGAGCUCUCUGGAAACGGAAAGUUUGUCCCCGAGCGGAGCCAGAAAAUCUUCACUACUUACUUGCCGGAUGUUCCCAGCGGUACGCGCCAGCUCGACGUCCUGAAGACGCCGGAGGAACAAGGACUCUAUUUCGGAGAUAGCAUCCACGUCAAAGACUUUAGAAAGAAGCUCCCUCCGCGAUUCAAGACAAUCAGGGACUUAUUUGCGGAAUGUCCGAUACGGGGUCAACCCAAGGAUAGCAUCGAUCUAUCGCUUUCCAGCAUGGAGUGGUCGUACCGGAUUUUUGCGAAGACGGUCACCGGCCAAGCCAUCCCUCUUGAUGUCUUUGGACAAACUACUGUAUAUCAACUGAAGGUCUGGUUACAUGAGAAGGAGGGCACGGCAAUUGAGGACCAGCGUCUGAUAUUCGCCGGAAUCCUCCUGCAAGAUGAUGCCUGUGUUUGCGAUUACGACAUCCCAAAGGGAGCCCAUAUACGGCUCGUACAACGCGAGGUGCUUGAGCCAGUAACUGCAAUUUUCAUGUAUCAAGGCAAGAUGUAUACAACAGACGAUCGUUGCUUUCUUAUAAUUUCACUCAAGCAAUAUAUUCAAGAACAGUUCGGAAUCCCCAUCGAGGAACAGCGCAUAGCGAACGGCUACAAGGAAUUAAAAGACGGCGAUACAAUCUCCAGCGAGAAUGUAUACCAAGUUUCAACAACGUCAGACGGGGGCGAAAGACCUCCCAAAUCGACCGAUCUUGAAGCCGCCCACGAGCAUGGCUCCCAGAUCAACCCGAACGACAUGCGGAGCUGGGACAUUGCAAAUUCAAAGAUUGUGACUUUGAGUCUCCUAGACCCAGACACUUUCACAGAGACAACAGGAUUAGAAUUGCCCGAGAUUCCAGGAACAAAACCCAAAGCUGCUCCAUCUGGUAGCGGCUACUACACCAGCUCAGCCGGGUUCCCGCCAUCAUCUGGCUACGAAAAGUGGCUGCAGUGGAGGGAUUGGGGCGAGCCUGAUCCCUGGGCCGAGACGAGCGACGACGAGACGGAGCCCGACGAUGAAACCUCUAGUGAGGAAGAUGGGGACAUCGACACUCCUCCUACCAAGCCAGAACCGCUGCUUGGGCCUCCUCUCAUGUUAACAGACAUUGACGAUUCUACACCCCCGCUUAAUUAUGAGAGUCCAAUUACCGCGCUAUAG